AUGGCGUUGAAGAGCUGCACGGAGAUGAGCUCUGUGAAUGUGAAGAAUAGCUCUGUGUUGGAGCUGAAGAGGAGGCUCAAGAACCUGUGCCAUCUCACCAAGCACACAGAUAUUGUCGAAAGGCUUGGCUCGUUGAUGAGUGAUGAUCUGGUUGCCUCUUGGGUGUGCGGUGGCUUGUCCUUGGCCGCCAAGAAACUGGCGGGGUAUGAGCUGAAGCAGUGCCGAAAUGCUGGAAAGACGGUGAUCGGAGAGCUGAAGGAGAUGGUCAAGGUGCAGGAUUAUCGGAAGAUGGCCACCCAGCUCCAGCUCUAUGCAGUGAAAGUGGCUGUGGUGGUCCUGCCCUUGCCACCGCCCCUCGGGCGGAUCAUCGAGCAAGGCGUCCACCUGAGGCUUCAACGCCUGGCCCAGGAUGCAGGAGAAGAACUAGACUCUCUGGAGAAGAAGCUGGAUGCCAAGAUCCGCCGCACCAUGUCGCGGGAGCUCUUGCGCUUGGGUACCGCGCAGGCGCGCGCCGCGGAGGAGCAGGUCACCGAGAUGCUAACCUUGGACGGCUUGCUGAAUGAUAUGGUAUCGAAGUCUUCGGAGACCUCGUCGCAGUUCGCCACGGCCAUGGCUCAAGUGACCAGUUUCAAUCGCUGGGCGAUUUUGGAGCACGACUUGGCCACGAGCUCCUAG